AGAGCCAAAGAUGUCGGCUCAGUCAUGUGAACAGCUGUGUCCAAUCACAGCUGAUCACAUGAGAGCCGGUAAUUGGCAUUCCUCAGAGGGGACACGUACACUGAUCAUCAGUGCCAGUCAGUACCACCUAUCAGUACACAUUAGUGCCACCCAAUCAGUGUCCAUCAGUGCUGCCUAUCAGUGCCGCCUAACAGUGCCAGUCAGUGCUGCCUAUCAGUGUCGCCUAUCAGUGCCAUAUAUGAGUGCUGCCUUUCAGUGA